AUGGAAGGAUACAUCGGCGGUGCUAACGCUAACGAGGCUAAUGCCAGCAGUGGCCCCGCCAGCGGGACUGUGAACGAAGCUGGGGACUGCGCUUCGGGAGACAAAACCCAGAUGCUGGAUGCUGAGUCCCUGUUGCUAGCCACCAGCAUCACGCAGUGGUUUAUCCUACGAACUAUAUCUUUAAAAAUGUACAGAAGACCUGAACGCAAGCUGAAUAGCCCGGCCUGGCACUCUCUCCUAUUGAAUGUCAUUAAUAAACAACAGCGGAUGCACCCUGAUGGCGUUCACAUCUUAGCUGAAUCUGAUUUAAAGACUGUACUCCCAAAUUCCACCAACACGUUAACUCUUGAUCAUUAUCAAACACAGCUGCAGAACAACAACCCUCCCUACCUCAGGAAGUCAGACCAUCUUUCCAUGCCGCUCAUCCCUGCAUACACACCCCUAAGACACAGAUCCUUCAUAAAAACUGUUACAACCUGGCCUGAGGAUGCUCUAAGUGUAUUGCAGGACUGCUUCCAACACACUGACUGGGACCUAUUUGAACACCAGGACAACACACACACACAGACAGCUACAUGGAGUUCUGUAUGGAACUUUUGGGUCAUUGACAGAGUUCUCUACAACAUGGCUCGAGCUGACCUGAAUAAAGGAGUUAAAAACACCAAAGAGAAGGCUGACCAGAGUGAGUUGCUGGUAGAAGAGCCCUACAGCUUCUUUGCUGGUUUUGAAUCACUACAUAAACACUCAUCUGCUCCAGCCCUGCAACCCGCAACGUUCCCCGGAGUCCAUAUCUCCAAUGAGCUCUCCUGUACAGACAACAUCUCAGCUGUCAUCAAGAAGACCCAGCAGCUUCGACACUCCUUGAGAGUCCCCAGGAAGAACAACCUGCUACUGGCCUCUGACUGCUCAUCCGUCGUGAGCCUGCUGACAGACUGCAGUACCACUUGGUAUAGGAGCUGCAGAGAGGCAGACAGAGUGAGGCUCCAGAGAACUGUCAAUACAGCACAAAGGAUUGUUGAAACAAACAUUUACUCCACCGGGUACCUCACCAGAGCCCGUAAAAUCAUCCAGGAUAGUUCACACCCUGGUUCUCAGCUGAUGGAGUUGAUGCCCUCUGGGAGGAGCCACAGAUGCCUCGAAACAAAGCCUAAGCGUUUUUUUUUCAUUGGCCAUCACUAUUGUGAACUCAGAUGUGAUGACGUGGUGAUGUGUGCUACUCGGGACACCAACACCCCAGACCACUUCUUCUCCACCACAAAGCACCCCUACCUCUCCAUCCCCUGUGCCCCCCUUCGGCACCCCAAUUACAGGAUUACACAGAUAGGCCCACCUACUGGCAGAGACUGA